CCAGCAUCGUUAACAGAGAGAGGGAGAGAGGGAGUCAGAAAUCUCCAAUGGAUACUCUGGCUCUGAACCUAUCGACUACAACUUCAAAACCUUACCAACAACUCCAAACCCAUCUCAUAAAAUCUACAAUUUCCCUCGGCAAUUCCCGAAUUUACUGUCUCUGUUACAAGAGAAGCCUAUCAUCUACAAUAAUCACUUGUAAGUUCAAAACCACCAAACAAAAUAGGGAGAGCAAGAGCAAGAGCGUUGCCAAGAAGAUUGUGGUCUCUGACGUCCCGCCUCCGCUGUCUGAGGACGGUGGUGUGGCCAGAAAUGGAGGAGCGCCGCCGAGUCCUGACCGGAAUAAUACUGCCGGAGGAUUGACAUUGAAGUUGUUGAAGAAGUUGCAAAGAAGGGUUUUGGGGGUUUUGUCUAAUUUGCCCUUGGCUAUUGGAGAAAUGGCCUCAAUUGCUGCUUUAAUGGCCCUGGGAACUAUUAUUGAACAAGGCGAGGCUCCGGAUUUCUAUUUUCAGAAAUACCCUGAAGACAAUCCUGUCCUUGGAUUUUUCACUUGGAGGUGGAUUCUCACCCUUGGCUUCGAUCAUAUGUUCUCAUCUCCACCGUUCCUCGCAAUGUUGGUUCUCCUGGCAGCAUCACUCAUGGCCUGCACAUAUACAACACAGAUUCCCCUGGUUAAGGUAGCAAGAAGAUGGUCUUUCUUACACUCAGCUGAGGUCAUCAGCAAGCAAGAAUUUGCAGAUACUCUGCCCAGAGCAUCAGUCAAGGAUUUGGGUGUCAUUUUGAUGGGAGCAGGAUAUGAGGUUUUCUUAAAAGGACCAUCUUUAUAUGCCUUCAAGGGGCUGGCUGGUCGGUUUGCUCCAAUCGGCGUGCAUUUAGCAAUGUUGCUAAUAAUGGCAGGUGGAACUAUGAGUGCUGCUGGGAGCUUCAGAGGUUCGGUCACUGUUCCUCAGGGCCUAAACUUUGUUGUGGGAGACGUGAUGGGACCAAGUGGGUUUCUCUCUAAUCCAUUGGAAACCUUUGAUACUGAAGUUCACGUCAACAGAUUCUACAUGGACUACUACGACAGUGGAGAGGUUCGGCAGUUUCACACUGACCUCUCGCUAUUUGACCUUGAGGGGAAAGAGGUGAUGAGGAAAACAAUAAGUGUGAAUGACCCACUGAGGUUUGGUGGGAUCACCAUGUACCAGACAGAUUGGAGUCUUUCAACUCUGCAAAUACUGAAGGAUGGUGAAGGGCCUUUCAAUUUGGCUAUGGCACCUCUCAAACUCAACGGGGACAAGAAGCUUUUCGGGACCUUCCUACCGGUUGGAAAUUCUGGUUCUCCGAAUGUCAAGGGAAUAUCAAUGCUUGCUCGUGACCUACAAUCAGUUGUUCUCUAUGAUCAAGAAGGGAAAUUUGCUGGAAUUCGACGCCCUAACUCUAAACUUCCAAUUGACAUUGAUGGCACUAAAAUUGUUAUUUUGGAUGCAAUCGGUAGUACAGGCCUUGACUUGAAGACUGACCCAGGUGUGCCGAUUGUUUAUGCUGGCUUUGGUGCUCUAAUGCUCACAACUUGUAUCAGUUUUCUGUCUCAUUCACAGAUUUGGGCGUUACAAGACGGAACAGCAGUUAUUGUGGGUGGAAAGACAAACCGAGCCAAGGCUGAAUUUCCAGAUGACAUGAACCAUUUGCUCGAUCAGGUUCCAGAGAUAGUCGAAUCGUCUUCUACCGGCCAAUCCAAUAGCUCUAGCGGCUAGCUUAAUGGCUUCAAGUGGUAUAUUAGCUGCAAAUUUGACUUCAUGCAAGAACAGGAUGUCAUUUUAAUUUUGUUCGACUCUCACAAGUUCAGACGCAUUGAAAUGGAAAAAGAAAGAGCAGCACAAGUGGUAAGCUAGCUACUAGUUUGAGAUUUGGACGAAGAAAAAGUGCAAUUUCGUAAAUUUAGAAGAUCAGUCAAAAUUGUUUUUGCAGAUUUUAUAUUCAUUGGCAUUGUGAGCAUUUUUUGUGCCAUGGCUUAGGGGCCACGGGACUUUAAACCUCGAGACUGUAUGUCAACAUACUCCAUUUCUUCUUCUUCUUCUUCUUCGGCUCUUUUUUUCCUUGCAUUAUUUUGUGGUUUCAAAUUGUUGUACUGGACAAUUGUGUUGAACUUCAUUUAUAAUAAUUUUACUUUGGUAA